AUGCACUGGGUGCAGCCUCAGUACAAACAACCCGAGCGCGAGACUGUGUUCGGAGAUGCGGAUGCUGGUAUGGACUUGGACACAGAUGCCCUGGCAUCGCUGCUCAACUGCGCACCGAGCAGUCUCAAGCGCUGUGCUCCACAGCGGAAGUGGAAAGAAGGUGUCAAGGUUCUCGAAGACACAAGGGCUCAGAAUAUUGCCAUCGGAUUGCGCCGUCAACCACCGCCAAAGGACAUUUGCGAAGCAUUUGCAACCCUUGAGCUUUCCCGGCUAGCACUGUCGGAUGACCUCGUGGAGCUCAUAACAAAUGUGCUUCCAACGCCGGAAGAGACACAGAAACUCAAGAUUCACCAGGACUCGCCUGAAAACUUGCGAGAUAUUGAGCAGAAGGUGCUGCCUUUCUGCUUUUUGCCUCGUGCCACAGCUCGAUUGAGAGUGUUUCGAUUUGCCGCUUUGCACACGGAGAGCGCGGCAAUGUAUUUGCAACGGUGUCAAACCCUUCAUCUUGCUGCAACGGAAGCAAGAAGCAGCCAAGAGCUUCGCAGGGUUUUGGCGGUAAACCACUAA